UGAUAAAUUUUUUAUUCCUUGUAUAAACCUGUAAAUUAUUAUAUUAUUAAUUUAUUAUUAUAUUAUUAUUAUUAAUGAUACUGAUAUAUUUGAAAUAAACAAAUUAUGGGUCUUUUGGAAUUGUGUGAAAAGUAUUUUAAUACUUCAGAUUUGUACGAAGUUCUGCAAAUAUCAGAAAAUGCUUCUGAUAAAGAAGUUAAAAAAGCUUACCAUAAAUUGUCAUUAAAAGUUCAUCCAGACAGAGUAAAAGAUGAUGAAAAAUUAGAUGCUACAGAAAAAUUCAAAGUUCUUGGAGGGGUACAUGCUAUUUUAAGUGACAAAAACAAAAGGGAACUUUAUGAUGCCACUAAAAGUGUUGAUGAGGAUGAUUAUAAUGUUUUGAAAGAUAAAGAUUGGACAGUGUACUGGAGAUUACUUUUUAAGAAAAUUACAGACGAAGACAUUAAAGCAUAUGAAAAAGAAUACAUCGGAUCUGAUGAAGAGAAAAAUGAUCUAAAAAAUGCUUAUCUAGCAGGGAAAGGUGAUAUGGAUUAUAUUGUUGAUCAAGUCCAGUUUGCUAGGUCAGAACAUGAACCUAGAAUUCGCGGUAUUCUCACUGAAAUGAUAGAGUUGGGUGAUAUUCCAGCAUUUAAAAUAUUCACACACGAACCAGCAAAAAAACGUCAGCGCCGUCAUGCAAAAGAAAAUCGUGAAGCUAAAGAGGCUGAAGAGCUUAAAAAUUCACUCGGUCUUAAUUCAGGUGAAAACAGCCUAGAACUUAUGAUAAAACAAAAACAAGGAGCCCGAAUUAAACAAAUGGAUUCUUUGAUUAAUGAUUUAGCAGCUAAGUAUGGUGGAAAAUCAAAAGGAACAAAACGGAAAUCAUCUUCUAAAACUGAAUUAACCAAAAAUAAGAAAAAGAAAUCAUAAAAUAGACGAUAAUAUAUAAUAAAUUUAUUUUAGUUAUUAUUACAUUUAUACUUCAAAAUUUGCAAAUAAAAAGUUGGUAGUGCUAAUA